AUGGCCCAAGAUUUAUCUUCUCGGUGCCUAUUGUUUGCCUGCUUUGAGCAGCUGGGGAAAUUGUUUUCCCGUGUUCUUUGGGCUUUGCAAAGUCCCACCGAAAUCCACGAAAUACUUGCGAUACCUAAAAUUAUAUUGUGUUCAUCAGACGGUGCCAUCCGUUCUAAGCGUAUAUAUAGAGUGUUUGGAAGAUGCCAGAGGGUUCCAGUGCUAGACAUUUACCAAUAUGAAGUUUCUCCGGGUGCUCUCCAGCAUCUGAGGACCACCUUGCAGAAGCUGUCCCGCACAGGUUUCACAUGGCAGGAUGACUAUACCCAGCAUGUGAUGGCCCAGGAACUCUCAAGCCUCCCCAGAACAUACCUACAACAUCCUGAAGCUUCCUUAAGAGAGGGGACGUCAAAACCGAGUGUUGAUAAUGAAAGAAGGUAUAGCCUGGAGAAUGACGUUACCUUGGCCAAGACACUUCAGCAAUACCUUCCAUAUCUGGGGGUCCUGUCCCAGGCCACGGCUUCAAAUGUGUACCCGAGGACGAAGAAUGACAAACCACCAAUUAAGAGUGAUGAUCCCUUCCCAGAGAGCAUGCUGACCUACAUGGCUCAAGCCUCCAAAGGAAGUAGUUCUGCUCUGACCUACCCUCCCAUGUCUUGGGCCAACUACCCUGAGGAUAUUUCACUGCGGACCCUUGGCCCACUCCAGCCAGACGAGCUCAGUCCUAAAGUGGACAGUGGCCUGGACAGACAGAACCUGAUCGCGGCCCUCAGCGCCUACGCUGCUCAGAGACCUGCAGCACCAAAUCUGGACAAGGGUACUGCGCACCGCAGCGGCAUCCUGGCGCCUCCCGUGCCUCGCACAGAUCGCUAUGAGUCAGCCCCUGAGGAGGACGACCUGGGGAUGCUGUACCUUCUCCGAGCGCAUUUGAGAGCAUUGAAGCCCAUUACGACCCCCACAGCCCAGCAGAAGUGGCCUCCUGGUCUGGAAGAUCCCAAGGAGCCCCUCAGCGAAGGAGAUGAAGCAUUUAUCCAGAAUCUCCUGAAGGAACUAAGAAAGCAUCCGAUCACUGUGGACAAUCUGGGUGUCUUGGAGCUGGAUGAGGUGGCCAAUGUGAUUGCUAAUGCCAUGAAAGGUGGAGAUGCAGAAGAGGAUCAGGAAAGUCAUGGAAGAGAAUCUAACGGGAAACCCAGAGAACAGGCAAACAGCUCAGAAGCAGCGUUUUAUGAAAAUGACAAGAAGGAUAACAGAGUAGAAGAAGAUGAUGAUACAAUUUAUGAAAAGGCCAAACACUUAAAUGUCAAAUUCGGGAACCUCUUGAAGGAAUUCAAGCCCCAACACUUGCCUGAAGCUGUCCCUCUUGCCAAGUCUUUUAAAAUGGAUAUCAAGAAAUCGGAGGACCUGGCGUCCUCAGAAGAAGACAGUGUUGGGGUUGAAAAUGUCAAGAGUCAGACUUUCUUCAAAGAUCUAUUUGAUAAGAAGCCAAAUUCUGAGCCUAGUGUGGAUGGUCUUGGGGAUUAUCAAACCUGGAUUCCAGGGGCUUUGAAGCAACACGAAAGCCUUCAAGCUGGAUCUCAGCAACACACAAGCAUAGGCCUGCAAUUAGAAGUCAAAUCUUCCGAUGAUGAGGAAUACGGCUACAUUGUCACAGAAAAUGACCCUCUGAGCCUGAGAAAGGGAAAGGAGUUGAUAGAGGACCUGGCACAUCUCCUGAAGGUGCCGAUAAGCGCUUUUGCAGAUAUCAGUGUUCUGGGACCAGCCGUGACCUUCAAAGUGAACCCCAAUACCCAAAACGUGACAACUGCAGAUGUUGCUAAGGCAGCAGUUGACAACAAAGACAAACUUGAAGAAACUUCUGGACUGAAAAUUCUUCAAACUGGAAUUGGGUCGAAAAGCAAGCUGAAGCUUCUGCCUCAUCAGAUAGAGCAAGAAGACUCCACCAAGUUUGUGGUCCUCACCCUGCUCUCCAUUACAUGCAUUGUUGGGGUCCUCUUGGCUUCAGGAAUCAUCUACUGCCUGCGCCACAGUUCUCACUACAAGCUGAAGGAGAAGCUCUCAGGAUUAGGGGGGGACCCUGGCUCAGAUGCCACUGCUGCUUAUCAGGAGCUGUGCCGGCAGCGCAUGGCCGUGAGGUCCUCAGAGCGCCCUGAGCCCCUGCACACUUCCCGCAUCAAUAGUGUCUCCUCCCAGUUCAGCGAUGGGCCAAUACCCAGCCCCUCAGCUCGGAGCAGCACCUCGUCCUGGUCAGAGGAGCCUGUCCAGUCCAACAUGGACAUCUCCACCGGUCACAUGAUCCUGUCCUACAUGGAAGACCACCUGAAGAACAAGAACCGCCUGGAGAAAGAGUGGGAGGCACUCUGUGCCUACCAGGCAGAGCCCAACAGCUCCGUGGUGGCACAGAGGGAGGAAAACAUGCAGAAGAACCGCUGUUUAGCUGUGCUGACAUAUGAUCACUCCAGGAUCCUGCUGAAAUCCGAAAACAGCCACAGCAAAUCUGACUACAUCAACGCCAGCCCCAUUAUGGAUCAUGACCCAAGGAACCCUGCGUACAUCGCAACUCAAGGGCCACUUCCUGCAACCGUGGCAGACUUCUGGCAGAUGGUCUGGGAGAGCGGCUGUGUGGUUAUUGUCAUGCUGACGCCCCUCACGGAGAAUGGAGUCAAGCAGUGCUACCACUACUGGCCAGAUGAAGGUUCUAACCUUUACCACAUCUAUGAGGUAAAUUUGGUCUCUGAGCACAUCUGGUGUGAGGAUUUUCUAGUAAGAAGCUUUUAUCUGAAGAAUCUCCAAACCAAUGAGACUCGGACGGUGACCCAGUUCCAUUUCCUUAGUUGGUAUGACCAGGGCGUUCCAUCCUCCACGAGAUCACUUCUGGAUUUCCGAAGAAAAGUAAACAAGUGCUACAGGGGCCGUUCUUGUCCAAUAAUUGUUCAUUGCAGCGAUGGCGCAGGAAGAAGCGGCACCUACGUGCUGAUUGACAUGGUUCUCAAUAAGAUGGCCAAAGGUGCUAAAGAGAUUGAUAUUGCCGCGACCCUGGAGCACUUGAGGGACCAGAGACCAGGCAUGGUCCAGACAAAGGAGCAGUUUGAGUUUGUGCUGACCACGGUGGCUGAAGAAGUGAAUGCAAUACUCAAGGCCCUUCCACAAUAA